CUGACUGCUCCCAAACCAUCCACUACACCUGCAUCCGACACUUGCAUUAACUAUCAUGGCCCCCGAUCCCCGCUGCACUGCCCUUCGCGCCGCAAAGGAGAGAAAGGGAAUCUCGUACACCGAGAUUGCCCAGAAGAUGGGCGAGCCGGAGCAACGUGUUAUCGAUAUCUGCACCGGUACUGCCACUGCCACUCAGACGGAGUUCGACAAGCUGGCAGAGAUUCUCGAUGUCAAGAACGCUCCCCCUCAUGAUGCCGCCCACGUUACGAAGUAAAUAGACGCACCAUUCGAAGGACGAACUGUAUCACCAACACUCUGUACGAUAGGAGCGCGGCAGGGUUGAUCAAUGUAUAUCAUUUUGGAUCCUGGACUUCCACCACGCACUAAGUCCCGUGAGCCCCUCAGGGUUGGUGGCAAGCAAUCGUC